GGAGAAUCGAUUUUGAGUUUAUGGCGACCGUUAGCUUUCCCGACGUCACCUUUGACCCUGUGCGCGGGCCCGACGACAAAUCAGUGCCCGGGAAGUACGCGCGCGCGCCCUGGUCGUAGAGGGAGACCGAGGAGAGCGGGCGAGUGGGCCGGGAGAAGAGAGGGAGAGGGGAGAGGGGAGGACUGGAGGAAGGAGGGAGGUCAGUUUAACUUUUAACAGUUUUGUUUUACCGUUUUUCGUCUGAACUCGGUCCUCAGGAUGUGAAGUUUGAACGGCGGUGUUUAUAGUCCGGACAAGUGGAGCGCCAUGGACGGGAUGACCGGAGCGAGAAACUGCGACAGCCGUCCCCCGAUAUCCCCAUAAUACUUCGGCAGGGAGCUUUCUUUUAUAAUGAAUUUACGGUGACACUAUCUAUCUUCAGCUGUGGCAUCUGUUUCAUAUCCCCUCACAGUCUUUAAGCUCUGAAUUUCAACUGGAAAAAACAAGUUUUAACAGGACGUUAGCUAACGGAGGUGUAACGGUUAGCGGGGUUCUGUGACGUUAUUUAACGUUAACGUUAGCUUCAAGCAGCUUCCUGUCUGUCAGUGAGUGACAGCGGAGGAGUCUGGCGGUGCUGCGGGGUUUUGUCGGACAGUUACUGCCUCUGUUGGACUCCACUGUCUGGAGGCUGUAUGAGUUAGGUUUUAUGGAUUCCUUUCAGCUUCAGUAACUGAAUAAAUCAACAUUAACAACAUGUAUGCUGGACGGAAAAGAAGAAAACCGGCGCAGAAAGGAGUCAAACUGACGCCAGCCGACGGUGCCAAGUCCAACCCUUCCAAACGCCACCGUGACCGUCUGAACUCGGAGCUGGACCGGCUCGCCAGCCUGCUGCCUUUCCCUGAAGACGUCAUCUCCAGUCUGGACAAACUGUCCAUCCUGAGGCUCAGUGUCAGCUUUCUCCGCACCAAGAGCUUCUUCUCCGUGGCACUGAAGAACCAGCAGUUCAAUGGCACAAACAAGAGCAGCAAUCACAGUGAUGACAGCAAAACACCAGGAUCCGUGGACAGAUGCAUACCUGAGGGGGAGCUGCUGCUGCAGGCCCUGAAUGGCUUCAUCCUGGUGGUGACAGCUGAGGGAAUCAUCUUCUUCUGCUCUCACACCAUUCAGGAUUACCUCGGCUUCCACCAGACUGACGUGAUGCACCAGAGCGUGUUUGAGCUGAUCCACACUGAAGACCAGCAGGAGUUCAGGAGCAACCUGCACUGGGCCCUUAACCCCCCUGCCGGCCACGGACCCCCCACAGAUCCCUCAGCAGAUGGAGAGUCAAUGUCCACCUCUUCCUGUCUGGUGAGCUACAACCCCGACCAGCUUCCACCUGAAAACUCCUCCUUCCUGGAGAGAAGCUUCAUCUGCCGCUUCCGCUGCUUGUUGGACAAUUCCUCCGGCUUCCUGGCGUUGAAUAUUCAGGGUCGACUCAAGUUUCUCCACGGUCAGAGCCGUCAGCAGAGUGACAGUGAGGGGCAGAGCCCGCCUCAGCUCGCCCUGUUCGCCAUCGCCACACCCCUCCAGCCUCCAGCCAUCUUGGAAAUCAGGACAAGGAACAUGAUCUUCAGGACCAAACACAAGCUUGACUUCACUCCCAUGGCCUGUGAUGCAAAGGGCAAAAUUGUUCUGGGUUACACUGAGGCUGAGCUGAGAGUUCGAGGUUCAGGCUACCAGUUCAUUCACGCUGCUGACAUGCUGUACUGUGCUGAGAAUCAUGUCCGAAUGAUUAAGACGGGCGAGAGCGGCCUCACCGUCUUCAGGCUGCUCACCAAGGAGAACCGGUGGAAGUGGGUCCAGGCCAAUGCCAGACUUGUCUACAAGAACGGGAAGCCAGACUACAUCAUCGCCACCCAGAGACCCUUGGUGGAUGAAGAGGGAGGGGAGCACCUGAGGAAGCGAUCCAUGCACCUCCCCUUCACCUUUGCCACUGGAGAGGCAAUGCUCUACCAGACCAGUUAUCCACUGCAUGGCUUCCAGGAUUCCUUCCUGGGCAAAGCCAAAGGCAGCAAGUCCAAGAAAGGCAAACUGGACAAGAGCUCUUCAGAUGAACUGGACCCAAAGUCGCUGCUGGGAGCGCUGAUGAGCCAGGAUGAGUCUGUGUAUGUCUGCCAGCCGGACACAGAACCCAAGACGUCCUACCACAGCAGCCUGUUCAGCGAGCAGCAAGGUGGCAACAAUUAUGGCAGUUUGUUGAGUGGCGACAGCUGGAGCAUCGUAUCUAAUGGGGAGACAGGGAGGUGCAAUAGCAAAACAUCUAGUUAUGACCCACUGUUGGCCACUCUGGACUCUCUGACCCUGGGCGGUGAGGAAACGUGCUCCAAUAGUGAGCUCUUCAGUGCCCUGGAGAAUUUGGGUCUAAAUGCUGAAGACCUGGAGCUCCUGCUGCUGGAUGAGAGGAUGAUCCGGGUGGAGUUGGACCCCAACCACAUUCCAACACUUAAUGACCUCCUCACCAAUAACGAAAUCCUCUCCUACCUCCAUGACUCACUGGAAAAUGGGACUGAGCAGGAGCAACGAGGAGAUAGAGGUGGAUUUGGAGGGAACCCAGACCCAGCCCAAAGCAUCAGCCAGCAGCCGCCAGCACGCUUCAUGCCGGCUGUCCGUUCAGCUCUUCCCAGCAGCAGUCAGCCUAUCAUCCAGCUGUCGCAACAGAUGCAGCAACACAUAAGUGCAGGUGAGCCGGUGAAAACUCAGCUGGGGCAGAUUCAGCCUGUCACCCAGCCGGGAACAGUGGACACUGGGAUUCCUAAUGGCCACUGGGUAGUACCCACAGAGAACCACCACCACCCCAACAACCACACCCGUCAUCUCCUACAUACUGUCCCUAAGCCCUCACAGGGAAACAGUGAACAUAAACACCUUAACUCACUUCUGGAAUCGAGCCAACAGUGGCAGCCUCAGCAGGCCCAACACUCGUCCCACCUGCCGAACCCUCAGCAGGUCAGCAGCCAGAGCGCUUUGCUGCCUGGUUUCCAUAAUCAGCUGGAACUGACAACAAACGCAUCUUACAUCCCAAACGGAUUGUCAGCCUUUCCACCGAAUUUGGGGGGCUGUCCUACAGGUUACAGCAUUUGCAGCGCGCCACAUCCAGGUGAUACAGUGCUGAACAGUUUGACCACACCAGACGUUUGUCGCUACCAGUUGCAGGCUCACCAGAAGCACCAACAGCAGCAGCAGCAGCAGCAGCAGCAGACUCAGGUUCCACCAUCCUGUUUGCCCCAGUGCCCCACCCAGAGCUCUGCAGUGGAGUUAGAACAGUUACUGGGCCUGUCCCAGCCACAAGAUAGCCUGUCGCCAUUAGAGGCCUACAGCAUGUUCAACACCAGCACACAGGACUCCACUCACAGCAAGUUGGAGAACGGUUGCCUCCUCAGUGCCACCAACACAGCAUACAUCAGGACGUGUCUGAUGCCAAACGGGAAUGGAGGGGCUGCCGGUGACAUCCCCAUCUCCUGUCCAGAUGGACUCUCCACCCUGCAGGACCCCCAGACACCUGGAUUCUUCCUCUGAAAAGCAAGAGGAGAAGAUGCAGAAAUGAGGCACCACAGACACAACAGUCAGAACAGACACUGAGACUUCAAUACGACUGUCUUGAAGGCACUUUUGUUUCUGUGUUGUUUUUGCUUGAAUAUUACACAAUCGGACAAACUCCUCACCAGACUUCCUCUGAGCUCCUGAAGAUGAAAAAUACAACAAAACCCAGUUUCCUCUUCAUGAGGAUAGUCUGGACUCCCACUUCCAUUAGAAGGACACGACAGCUGCGUUCAUGUCAGAAUAGUAAAACAGUCUUCCUGCACAGUGACUCCUUUCACUUUCUCUACUUUUAGCUAAUCAUUUUUGCAUAUUUUACUAAACAAGCUCAGCUCUGUUAUGACAUGAACGCAGUAUCGCUUUCAGCAUUUAGCACCAACUCAGAAACCAAAUAAGAAGCGUGUGUGUGUGUGUGUGGUUGCUCCAUUGCUGAAUGUCUUGUGUGAACUGUAAAGGAGACAUAAAGCUUUUAUUUCACGACAAAAAGGUGCUUUGGAGUGAUUUGUCGAUGUCGGUAGCUGAUGACAAACGUCACAGCGAUGAAAUGCAUUUAAAAGUUUAUUUGUUUUUCUUCCUUUUGUUUCGUUUUUUUGUAAACAGACUUUUCUUAUAAAACAGAUUAUUUAAACCAGUUACGAGAUCAAAUGCUGUACGAAAGAGAAAAAAAAUGUAUAAAAUGACAAUCGUUUCCCAAGGCGCUUUAAAAACAACAAAAAGAAAUGGUUUUGCGUGUGUGUGUGUAUAUAACUGUGUUUUUUAAUGGUGUUGUUGCAAGCACUACUUUAAAAUCACUCUCUUACAAACUCUUUAGCACUGACAGUAGUCUUGUAGAAAAAUGACUCUAUGUUGUAUGAAUAUUGUUCCCAGAAGUUGUGUUGUUUAAAGGCAAUUUGUCACUUCAGCUCAAAGCAAAAUGGUGCCAUAACAGUAAGUCAGGCCAGUCCAUUUUCCUGGUCUGUUAUUAUCUUAAAAUCCACUUUGUACACCAGACGACAUUUAAAAGUGACUGUUAAUUGUUUUUCAUUGUGUUAUCAGCCAUCUUGUUGGAGUUGGAGUCAAAUCCUUGUUUUUUUCGUGGUUCGUUU